CACUGAAGUUUCUCAGAGAAGAAUCUCCGAAUUCCUCGUCACUCAAACUGUUAUGCGACGAACAUCGUCACCGGAACUGGCCGCCACCGGUUUAUCGGAGGAUCAACAAGUAAGUGUUUGCGGCGCAGUGAAACGAGCUAUUGUGAUCGGAAACGGCUACGCCGGCGCGGAGAAUCAGUGCAUCGGCCUUAUUCGAUCCUUAGGCCUCUUCGAUCGUCACCUCUAUUAUAGUGUCGAUAGACCAAGAGGUGGAAUCAUUAGGUGCCUUCAAUGGCUUCCGAUCUCCAUCUGCAAAAGAAUUUAUCGUUUUAUCAGCAGUAUUUGUGCCGGAUUCUCCAUUAACGCUACUGGAAUCACAGAUGUGUUUGAUGCAAAACAGAUUGCUGCUUUGGCUCGUAAUACGUUUGACAAGAAUGGACCGUUGUUAGUGGUGGCAUGUGGUAGUGAUACUAUAUCUGUUGCAAGCUCCAUAAGACGACUAGCUAUGGAAAACGUCUUUGUUGUCCAGGUGCAACAUCCAAGGUCGUGUCUCGAGAGAUUUGAUCUUGUGAUCACACCUCGUCAUGAUUAUUAUUCUUUAACACCUGAAGGAAAGAGGCAGAUUCCUUUCUUUCUCCGGCCAUGGGUAACUCCACAUGAACCUCCAGGUAGAAAUGUGUUUCUCACUACCGGAGCUCUUCAUAACGUCGACGCUUCUACACUGAGAAAGGCUACUUUGGAAUGGAAGGACGAGUUUGCUUCACUGUCAAAACCUUUGGUUGUAGUUAAUAUUGGAGGACCUACAAGGAACUGUUUGUAUGGUGUUGAUCUUUCUAAGAAAUUGUGUGGGAUGCUUCAGAGUAUUCUAUGGAGCUGUGGAAGCCUAAAAAUAUCUUUCUCAAGAAGAACACCAAAGAAGGUUGCAGAUAUUAUAACAGGAGAACUGAGCUCUAACUCUAAGGUCUACAUUUGGGAUGGAAAAGACCCUAAUCCACAUUUGGGACACCUUGCAUUAGCCGAUACUUUUAUCAUAACUGCUGACUCUAUAAGUAUGUUGAGCGAGGCAUGUAGUACCGGGAAACCCGUUUAUGUUGUGGGUGCUGAACAGUGUACAUGGAAAUUUUCUGACUUCCAGAACACUCUCCGUGAAAGAGGAGCUGUUCGACCUUUAACCGGAAAAGAAGAUAUGCGUGAGAAGUGGAGCUACUCUCCUCUUAACGAUAAUGCAGAAGCUGCGAGGCGCGUGAUUCAAGAUCUGGCCAAGCGUGGCUGGAAAUUUGAGAAUUGAGACAUGACCCUUCUUUCCCUCCACAAGUUUUCCAGAGUAACUGUUUUUUUUCCCAUAGACUACAGUUAUUAUUUUUGGACUGGGAAUUAGAGCUAGUUUUUAACAAUUUCAUCAUCCGUGGAAGCUUAGUGCUCUAGUAGAACUCAAAGUCAUAUACUUAAGAGUUUGAACUACUAGCGAUUGAAUUUUGUUAGUUCUUUGGUUUGUCCCAUUUGGAUAUAUUUGAUCUUAUUGAUUAGUUGGAAUAAAGUUUUCGAACUUUUCUUUU